AUUAUAAGAACUUCUUGUCCUUUUUUCUAUUAAAGUUUUUUUUUCAAAUCAGUUCGAAUAUAAAUUGGUUUGAAAAUUUUAACACUUUCUCAGAGACGAUAGGAUUACACAACUCUAAAGUUUCGCAUUAAAAGAAUGGCGACUUUUCUUGUUUUUUAUUGGUUGAUAUUUUUAAUCGGUGGGCUUGUUUAUUCUCAAGACAUCGAACUAACCGAAGAAAACUAUGGCGAAGAUUGGAUUUAUAUGCCCAAUGGAGAUGGAGUUCCAGAAAUAGCAUACUUAGUCGAACCUCCCACACCCAGUCGGAAUACUGACACAAGCAAAACGGUCACGUUUGAACUGUAUCCGAGUGAGGAAGAAAAACCAAUAAUUGCACAAUUCUGGGUAGCUGCUGAUACUAUUAUUCGACGCAAACGAGACACUUGGACUGAAAUGGCUAAGAAAUUCAAUCCAGAGCUAGAUACUAAGAUUUUAGUACAUGGUUGGAAAUCAAGCUCACAGAGCAAUUCUAUUCAAUCGAUUAAGAACGGCUAUAGGAAGAAAGGAAGCUAUAAUAUUUUUGCAAUUAAUUGGCAGGAUCAAGCUAAUAGUAUUUACUACUUGGAACCAGCAAGAUAUACAGUUCAGGUGGGAAGAGCUAUUGCAAAGCUAAUAAAUUUAUUAGUUGAAGAGAAGGGAGCUCAACCGAGUAGGAUCCAUUUGCUUGGUCAUAGUCUUGGAGCACAUAUAAUGGGAUAUGCUGGCUCAUAUUCUCGGCAUAGAAUUGGCAGAAUAACAGGACUUGAUCCUGCACGGCCUGCAUUUGAGAACUGUAUUGGACCCGAGCAUCACUUGGAUCGUACCGAUGCAGAAUUCGUUGAUGUUAUUCAUAGCUGUGCUGGAGUUCUCGGCUACAAGGAACCCAUUGGGUUUGUUGAUUUCUAUCCAAAUGGAGGUGAUCCUCCACAGCCAGGAUGUGGACAAAUAUUUCAAGUUAUCACUGGAUGCAGCCAUGGUCGAUCUUAUGAGUACUUUGCUGAAUCAAUUAACACGGAAAAAGGAUUUUUUGCUAAGCCCUGUGAAUCCAUAGAUGCUGUUAAAAAUAAGACAUGUAAUGGUGACAGUAUACUUAUGGGAGAUAAGGUCCCAUUUGAAGCUCGUGGAAUUUACUAUCUCAAAACUAACGCAAUGAGAGACUUUGCAAUUGGAGAUAUUUGGGAUAUCUAAGUUAGUAAGAUAGUAGGUAAUUAUCCAGUGCUAUUAAAAUGUUUUUGAAAAACAAAUAAAAGGUCAAUCUCCUUCUAAAAAAAAGAUUUUAUUCAAAUAUAACAGCAUACAUUCAUUUUAUAUCAUUAAUUAUAAGAAUGUUUAAGCUUUCAGUUUUUGAUUUGAUUUCAGUUCAGACUUAACUUGUUUUCUUAAAAAGCUUUUAAAAAAUUUGAAUACGAAUUCUUAUCAAAAUUAUUUAAGAUCCAUCACGAAAACCCAUUAAUUUUAUAAACGUAUGCAAAUAUAUCCCAUUGUAAAAGUAAGAUAUUAUUUAGCACUCGAUAAUUACCACAAUUAAUAUUCAUACAUACAUUUACAUAUAUUAUAAUAUACAAUAAAAGUGCAAUAUGUUAAAAUAUUUUUGUGGAGUGCUGUAUAAAGUCGUAAACAAUUGGUAAGGUGCAUGCGGUGAUAUCUGCAGAAUAUAACAAAGGAGCACAAUAGUUAUUUAUUUCUUAAUUUAUUCUCAAGUGCAGUUCUUUGAUAGCGA